AUGUUGGUAUUUGACACAAUUCCUGUUCACAUGGAUUCAUUUGAUGCAUUGAUUAUCUUUUGUUGGCUAAUUUGUGCUCUUCUAUUCGGUCCAAUCUUAUUCAUUCUAUGCGUUUACUUACCUGAAUUACCUGUUAGAUAUAUAAAACACAUCCGAUCAAUGAGUUAAAAAUAUGCUUGUGUAUACAAAUCUACAACUGUAUUUAAAUGUAAGCAAUUAAUUAUUAAAUUUUUUAUAGUAUUGUCAACUAAAUAAGUUUUAAUGCGACUUGUAUUGCAAUAAAUAUCUAUGGAAAUCACAAAA